AACCGAAUUACCACUAAGUGCCCAAAUGCAUGGUCAAUGACAGGAGUGUGUGCUCAUCGGCGCGAUUAUUUCAUUCGGGUUUGUCUUUUCAGAUAUUCUAUUCUUCCUGCUAUCUCACUAGACGGCGUCUUACAUCUUGAUAUCCAAGAUCAUUCAUAUACUGCAGCGACAUUCAAUGAAUUCAUAGAGGGUUUGCUUGACAAUAUGAACCAAUACCCUCAGAAGAACUCCGUUAUCGUGAUGGACAAUGCU